AAUUAAGCAACUUCUAUAUAUCUAUGUUGUGUUUAAAGAGCAGGUUGUUGAAACACCUCAUUUCCCAUGUCAGUCACACCCAUAGUGAUUCUGAAGGUAUGUCCUCUUUGCCCCACCCAUCUCCACUUAAAAUCAGGAAGUUCCUUGGCAAGAAACACUCCGACUCUCCUCUCUCUGAUGUUAGUGAAAUGGCUGAGGAUAGUAAUAUUUCAGUGGACCAUCUUCAGUUCAGCUGUUCAAUCUGCUUGGAUUUGCUGAAAGAUCCGGUAACUACACCAUGUGGACACAGCUUUUGUAUGGCGUGUAUUAAUGACUUUUGGAAUCAGCCUCUUCAGAAAGGGCUGUACAGCUGCCCUCAGUGCCGAGAGACGUUCAUGCCGAGACCCGUCCUGCGCAGGAAUAAUGUCAUGGCUGAAGUGGUGGAGAAGCUCAAGUCGAAAGAUUUAACCAGUGCUUCUUUUCCUCGUUAUAGAUCAGAAUCAGGAGAUGUGGAAUGUGACAUCUGUUCUGAGAGCAAAGAAAAGGCAGUCAGGUCCUGUCUGGUGUGUCUGGCUUCUUUCUGUAAGACCCAUCUCAAACCUCACUAUGAAUCUCCUGUUUUUAAGAAACAUAAGCUAGUCCAGGCAUGCAAUCAACUGGAAGAAAAAAUCUGUUCUCGUCAUGAUCGACUGAAAGACUUCUACUGUCGAACAGACCAAAUGAUUAUUUGCGCACUGUGUAUGUUAGAUAAACAUAAAGAUCAUAAUACGGCAUCUGUCGCUUCGGAAAGAACUGAAAAACAGAAGCAGAUAAAGGACAUGCAGAGAAAAUCUCAGCAAAAAAUCCAAGAGAAUGAGAAGAAACUGCAAGAUCUUAAACAGACUGCGAACACACUUAAGAGCUUCUCACAGGCAGCGGUAGAGGAAAGUGGAAGGAUCUUUACUGAGCUGCUUCUGUUAAUUAAAGAAAAGUGUCAUGAGGUGACCGAACUGAUCAAAGCUCAAGAGAAAGCGCAACUGGAUCAAGCUACUGAACUGCAGGAGCAACUGGAAAAGGAGAUUGCUAGUCUUAAGAAGCGAGACGCUGAACUGGAGCUGCUAUUAGACACUGAGGAUCAUGUGCAUUUUCUCCAGAGGUUCCAGACUGUCUGCUCCACUACUAAAGCUAAUGCAGUACCCAGGAUGGCUAUAAAUCAACACAUUUCAUUUGAUGGACUAAGGAAAUGUCUUUCUGACCUGAAAGAGCAAUUUAAGGCGUUCUGCAAAGAUGAAUUCAACAAAAUCAAUCCAAAUGUGGCCAAAAUGCAGAUGAUUUUACCUUGUGAACCAAAGACCAGAGACGAUUUCCUCCACUAUUUUUGUCACUUGACUCUGGACCCCAACACGGCGAAUGAAGCACUAUGUCUUUCUGAAAACCAGAGAAGAGUGUCACGCAGUGGGAAGCUGAACGUGUACCCUAGUCACCCAGAGAGAUUUGAUGGUUAUGGACAGGUGCUGUGUAAGCAGAGUCUUAGUGGGCGCUCUUACUGGGAGGUUGAAUGGAGCAGGGAUGGAUGGGUUUACAUCUCAGUCUCAUAUAAAGGAAUUAGCAGGAAGGGACGUGGUAAGGAAUGUUGGUUUGGACACAACGCUCAGUCCUGGAGUCUGGAGUGCAGUUCCACUUUGUCGUUCUGGCACAACGACAUUCAGACAAAGAUCUGUGGUCCGUUAUCCUCCAGGAUCGGAGUGUAUUUAGACCACAGUGCAGGAACUUUGUCUUUCUAUAGUGUCUCUGACACAAUGACUCUCCUAUACAGAGUUCAGACCACAUUCACUGAGCCACUUUAUCCUGGGUUUUGGGUCAAUGUACUUGCAUCUGCUAAGCUGUGUUACUCUGUAGAAUAAAAUAAUGGAGAAUGUUGCGAUCCUGAAUACUGUAUGUGUUACGAGAAACUUGUUGCUGAUUACAUAGGGUUUGUAUUUUAUUUCUGGGUGUGUGAACUCAGAAUACUUCACACGGCGGGUCAGUGUUUAAUUAUCUGGGCUCAUGAAAUGUGUGAGUUCAUAUCCUUUAAGCUAGACUCAUGAUCGUUAAUUACCCUUUAUGGUUUUGUUGGAUAAAAGUGUU